AUGGGCAUCAAGAUGGCAGAGUCAUCAUCACCACGAGCACAAUCGCCCUCUCAUGGUGAAGAUCUGGAUCUUCCGGAUGCUCCGCCAGUUGUGAAUGGCGACAACAAGGACAAAUCGACGGAACAGGUCGGCGACCAGGCUCCUCUCGCACUGGAGGACCUGUUCGACGGGGACGAUGAAGAAUUUGAUAAACUCGUGAGCGAUGCCAACAUACCCUCCUCACCACCGCACUCGGCACCUACCUCGUCAGAAGAGGCUGCUUCGACCUCACAGCAAGAGUCGUAUUCAGACUCGAAUGUAAUGCAGCAAUUUUACGCCCGACUAUUUCCCUUCCGAUCCCUUUUUCAAUGGCUCAACCACUCGCCAAAGCCAGGGCCAGACUUCGCCAAUCGAGAAUUCGCAUUGACGCUUUCGAACGAUGCAUAUCUUCGGUAUCAGUCUUAUCCCACAGCCGAUAUGUUGCGCAAAGAUAUCCUCCGACACGUUCCAUCUCGAUUCGAGAUUGGCCCAGUCUACACUACGAACCCAAGAGACCGGAAGACCUUGAGAAAAAGUUCGAUGUUCAGACCUUUGAGCAAGGAGAUAGUCUUCGAUAUUGAUUUGACAGACUACGACGACAUACGGUCCUGUUGCGAAAAGGCCAACAUCUGUAGCAAAUGCUGGGCCUUCGCAACAAUGACCAUAAAAGUUGUUGAUGUGGCGCUGAGAGAAGACUUUGGCUUUGAGCACAUCAUCUGGAUUUACUCCGGCCGUCGUGGUGUUCACGCCUGGGUCAGCGAUAAAGACGCGAGAGUGCUGGACGAUGACAAGCGGAAAGCCAUCACAGGUUAUUUCGAAGUUCUGAAGGGCGGCGUACAGGGUGGGAAGAGAGUCAACAUCAAACGACCCCUCCAUCCACAUAUCGCUCGAAGUCUUGAGAUAUUGAAGCCAUAUUUCCAGCAAGUAUUGGUGGAUCAAGAGCCGUUUAAGUCUGAGACCGGACAAGCUCGCCUUCUGCAACUGUUGCCGGAUAAGGCAUUGAACGAAGCCUUGACGAAGAAGUGGUCGAGCAGCCCCGACCGGCCAAGUAUCAGGAAGUGGGAAGAUAUUGAUGCCCUAGCCAAGACCGGAGUCAGCAAGACGCUAGAUACGAAAGCCCUGGUCGAAGCAAAGCAGGACAUCCUGCUGGAGUAUACAUAUCCCAGACUAGACGUGGAGGUUGGCAAGAAGAAGAUCCAUUUGCUGAAAAGCCCCUUCGUGGUGCAUCCUGGCACUGGAAGGGUCUGCGUGCCUAUCACAGCGGGUGGUGAUAUGGCGCGUGCUGAAGCAUUUGAUCCGCUCUCUGUCCCCAAGGUCACUGAACUUCUCACGGAAGUGGAUCGGUAUGGCAGUACUGAUGGGGGUGAAGAACAGACCAACGGAUAUGUUGAGGAUGGUGUCAGCAUGAGGAGACUGAACGACUGGGAAAAGACCAGCCUGAAACCGUACGUCGAGUUAUUUGAUGGAUUUGUCAGGUCGAUGCUCAAGAGCGAAGUGGUUCGAGUCAAACGAGAGCGUGAUGAUGAUGGUGCUACCGGGGCAGAUGGCAUGGAGUUUUGA